AGAACAUUGUAUCAAAACAAAAACGGUAAUCCAUAUUGCUAGAUGUUUACUCUCCGUAUGGUUAAUUUAAUGCACCGAAUGCAUUGAAUUUCAUUUAAUAGUUACAUCUAACUGACGAAAGUUAGCCAACAAUGACCGUCAGUAACCGUCGUAUCCCGCGGUUAUCGAAUCAUCGAGCUGCUAUGCCACAUCCGCAGCACUUCCAACACCCGGCCGGAUUUGCAGCAAGCGGCUCCGUCGGAGGCAACGGUGUGGGAGCUAUCGCUGGAAAUGCUGAUGAUGUUAUCCACGGUGGCAGCGCAAUUCUCAACGGUGAUGAUGAUGGCCAGAUAAGCCUGGGUAUUCCAUUCCCGAAGCAUGUUCCCUUUCCGAACGUGGAACAUAAUUCGGAACUGUUGAACGAGUUUCUGAUCUUUGGCUUCACCAUCAUUGCCAGUGCGACACAGUUUCUGCAUCUGUACAGAACGGUUUGGUGGUUACCAAAUUCUUACACCCGGCAAGCAGUGAAUUUUUAUCUGAUUGACUGGGACUUAUCGAUUUUCAUCUACGUGAUGGCUAGUCGACGUUUGCUGUAUUGCUGCAUACUGAAGUUAAUCGAUCUCAACUGCCCGGAAAGUUACGUGGAGAUUAGCAAGAAAAUCUCAAAAUAUGUUUUCCUUGCCUCCGUUCUGAUUUCGUUCGUUGGUUGCGGAAUUCAGAUAUUCCAGAAGAAUAGCUAUCUCUACCUUUUCUGUCUAUCGUAUCCAUUCGUAUUGUAUUUGACAAUUUUUGGCUUCAACCUGGAACAGUUCUUGCGAACCAUUGUCGAUACGGAAGUGAACUGCAUCAAUGGAAUGCCGAUACAUAGCUGUUCCUCGAAUGCGGUUGCCAUCCGCACGGAAAUAGACGCCUUGAAGACGGACUUCAACAAUCGUUUCAAGCAGAUUAUUUUCACAUCGCUACUUAAUGCAUAUUAUUCGGGAUUUGUGCCAUGUGUUUUGGUUCCUAAGCACUUAUAUUUCGAUAUAUUUUGGGCGACCCAGCAUUUGAGCUUCAUUUUCAUCGGAGGCUUGACAAUGUGUGUGGCGUAUUGUUUUCCGGUGAAAUAUUGCGAUGUGUUUCAUCGCGCAGCGUUGCAUUUGGGUCAAUGGAAUCGAGUGACCCAUCGGACGCAUCAUCCUCCGCCUUAUGCAUGGUCGAAAUCAACAAUUUUCCCAUAUGGUACCUACGUGAAACACAUGGGAGAGAUUUAUCGGGCAUCCGGUUAUUGCACAGCGGCCGUUCCGGGCAAUAAUAGUCACUUUAGGUUUUUUGUCAUCUUCAAAAAUCCGGCUUUAAUUUACAUGAUCCUAUUCGCAAUUCAAGUUGUGCUGAUCGUGAUUCAGCUGCUAAUUCUGUGCAUGUCACGGGAGUGGCACAAUUUGAUAUCGAUCGGAUUCCUCUUGCUGGCGAACUAUUUCACGCUGUUCAAAAUUGCUCGAGACUACAUGAUUGCCAAAAGGAUUUACGCUGGCGAGAAUGCUGUCAAUGAGAAGUUCAAAUCACAGUAGAAAAACAAAACGAGAAACUCUUGCACAACACAAGUCAUUUUUUAUUUGGUAACAUAUUGCGCCAAUAAUGCAACAACGGUUGACUCGCUUACUAUCUUACGAAUACAAACACUGAUCCAGGAAGAGUUCUUAAUUCAA